AUGGGUCUAGCACGGCAGGAUCUCCCCUGCGCUUCGUGCGGCAGACUGAUCCCUAGCACUGACGCACGUCAAGUUAUAGAGGGUGAUUCCUUACUGAAGCCAUUAGAAGGCCUUCUUGAUUGCUGUGGUUACAAGGACGGCUUCUGCACUCUCUGCUCUGCAUGUUAUGCCGCGCUCCUUCGAGGAUCAGUUCCAAGAUUCUCCGCCAAGAACAAUAUAAACGUCACUCUUUGCCAACACUACCCCGAUGCCCUCAAAGACCUUUCUCUGACCGAGGAAUCUCUCAUCGCUGCGUCGCACCCUGUUGGGGUGGUCGUGAAACUUCGACCAGGUGGUCAAACGUCGCCAUCCACCUACCGUGCCUUGCGCGGCCAUUUCAUUAUCAUACCGCAAGACCCAAAACCUGUCCUUCGAAUAUUACCAAGUCCUAGCCUGGAACUCACUGAGGUUAUUAAAGUCUUCUGGCUGGGCAACCGACCCCCGACUGACGAUGAUCUGCGCCCAUUCUUGAUUGUUCAUCACCAUGAACGGGCCGGCUACAGUGUCAAUUUACAAGAAGGUAACUAUGAAAAUGAGUGGCAAGCCGCAGAGGGCAACAAUGACCAAUUUUCCGAGGAUGCUCUUCCAGUCACUGGUUCUGUUACCACUGACAUAAACGGAGAACGCCAGAAUCCUGACGUACGCUUACUGAACAUAGUGUAUACCCUUGUUAAGGAUUCAGUGCCCGAGGUACGGUCGCAAUAUACUGCCACUACGCGCAUAGACCACACAGAUCCAAUAUCUAGGUCUCCGCAUUAUUCCCCUGUGGUUGAAUAUGGUAUUCGGGGCCAGCCAACACUUCUAAAUCACUGGCAGGACCCUCAUUAUUUUACAUCUGCCUUCCCUACGCUGUUCCCCGGCGGUAUAGGAGGCCAUCUGGAUCACCGUACUCUACCUGUUUCACUCGUUGCUUUUGCUAACUGGGCAAUCCGCCAUCAUAGCCGAAGAUUUGCCCGCCACAGGACGUUCAUGUAUUUAUUAUAUGACGUGAUACAGUUGCGGAAUUCAUCUCUCGGUAAUUCACUCCUCAUCAAACGGUCUCAGUGGGACUCCGUGACCCGAGAUCUGAAUUCGCUCAAUGUUGAUCGCCUGAAAAAGGCAUCCGAAGAGCUUGCCGCAAAUCAAAUCACUGCCGAUCCGCUAGUCCGACGGCUUCUCAAGAAUAUAACCGCUAUCGGGGUUCAAGUACCAGGAUCCUUCUUCCAAAAGCUACAGCUGCGGGCCGAACUCCGAGGGCUUCUUGUUCGGGAAGGAAUGCCUGCGUUCUGGUUAACCCUUAACCCGUCGGAUCUCCAAAAUCCACUAGUUCUGGUUCUCGCUGGUGUACAAUGUUCCACUGAACGCUCUGCUAAUGUGGCAUCGACCAUUCGACAAGCAACAGCGACGUCUGACCCUGCCGCUGUCGCGAGAUUCUUUCAUUACACGUGUAAGGCGGUCCUAGACGGCCUCCUUGGUAGCAAACCUAACGACAUCGGAAUCCUCGGUGACGUGUCUAAUUACUUUGGUGUAGUGGAAACUAAUGGACGUGGCAUGUUACAUCUACACGCAUUAGUUUGGCUUCGGGGUAAUCUUGGUUUCAUCGAGCUCCGCAACCGGAUCCUUGCAGACGGUCAGUUUGCAAAUCGGAUGAUCAGCUUCUUGGAAUCAGUCAUAAUGCAUAGCUUACAUGACCGCGAGCCUCAAUACGUUUCGCAAUCACCACGGGCCGACUUGAUGCCACUUAACCACGUCGACCAACACGAUACCCUCCCCCUCACCACCAAACUGCACCUACACCUUGUGCCAAAGAUGGUGGACGCGCUUCAACUGCCGAAGAUAGGAUGUUGA